GGUGUGAGGAAGGCAGGGCGGGGCCGCGAAGCCUGCGGAGUCCACCGGGUGUCGGCGAAGACUCCCGGGACCGGGCCGGGAAGCGCUGCGCCAUGGCCGAGGCGACCGCAGCUCCGACUUCGGAAUGGGACACCGAGUGCCUUACAUCGCUGCAGCCUCUCCCUCUCCCUACCCCCCCAGCCGCAAAUGAGACUCACCUGCAAACGGCAGCCAUCUCCCUGUGGACGGUGGUGGCUGCCGUGCAGGCCAUAGAGAGGAAGGUGGAGGUCCACAGCCGGCGACUGCUGCAUCUAGAAGGCAGGGCAGGGACAGCAGAGAAGAAGCUAGCCAGCUGUGAAAAGACAGUGUCUGAGCUUGGCAGCCAGCUGGAGGGCAAGUGGGCCGUGCUGGGGACCCUGCUGCAGGAGUAUGGGCUGCUGCAGCGGCGCCUGGACAACCUGGAGAACUUGCUGCGAAACAGAAACUUCUGGAUCCUGCGGCUGCCCCCAGGUGUUAAAGGGGAUAUACCAAAGGUGCCUGUGGCCUUUGAUGAUGUCUCUAUCUACUUUUCCACUCCAGAAUGGGAAAAAUUAGAGGAAUGGCAAAAGGAACUUUACAAGAAUAUCAUGAAGGGCAAUUAUGAGUCUCUCAUCUCCUUGGAUUAUGCUAUGAAUCAGCCUAAUGUCUUAUCUCAGAUUCAACCAGAAGGAGAACAUAAUAGGGAGAACCAGGCAGGGCCAGAGGAGAGUGCAAUUCCCACAGAUCCCAGUGAAGAACCUGGUCUUUCAACAUCUGAUAUUCUGUCAUGGAUUAAACAAGAGGAUGAGCCACAGGUUGGGGCCCCUCAGGAGGCCAAGGAGAGUGACAUGUACAAAGGGACCUACCCUGAUGAGGAGCUUGCGGUCAAAGCUGAAGGCCUCGCACAGACCUUGUGUUCAGAGGUGCCCCCCGCCUUCUCUGCCAGACCAGGGCCUGCUGCAAAGGAUGCCUUCUCAGAGGUGGCUUUCAAAAGCCAGCAGUCUGCACCCGUGACACAUUUUGGAUGUGCCACCACUAACCUGCCUGAAGCCUCCGAGGGACAGGUGACUUUUACUCAACUGGGCAGCUACCCCCUCCCGCCUCCAGUUGGGGAGCAGGUAUUGACAUGCCACCACUGUGGCAAGAGUCUCAGCCAAGACAUGUUGCUGACACACCAAUGUAGCCACACCGGUGAACACCCCUUACCCUGUGCCCAGUGCCCCAAGCACUUGCCCACACAAGCUGACCUUGGCAGCACCUCUCAGGACCAUGCCAGUGCAACACCCCCUACCUGUCCACACUGUGCCCGGACCUUCACUCACCCCUCAAGACUCACCUACCACCUUCGGGUCCACAACAGCACGGAGCGCCCUUUCCUUUGUCCUGAUUGUCCCAAGCGGUUUGCCGACCAGGCGCGACUCACCAGCCACCGCCGGGCUCACGCCAGCGAGCGGCCCUUUCGCUGCACGCAGUGUGGCCGGAGCUUCAGCCUGAAGAUCAGCCUCCUGCUGCACCAGCGGGGGCAUGCACAGGAGCGCCCCUUCUCCUGCCCCCAGUGUGGCAUUGACUUCAACGGCCACUCAGCCCUGAUCCGCCACCAGAUGAUCCACACAGGCGAGCGGCCCUACCCAUGCACUGACUGCAGCAAGAGCUUCAUGCGCAAGGAGCACCUGCUGAACCACCGGCGGCUGCACACGGGUGAGCGGCCCUUCCACUGCACGCACUGCGGCAAGAGCUUCAUCCGCAAGCACCACCUCAUGAAGCACCAGCGCAUCCACACCGGCGAGCGCCCCUACCCCUGCGCGCUCUGUGGCAGGAGCUUUCGCUACAAGCAGACGCUCAAGGACCACCUGAGAUCGGGCCACAACGGAGGCUGUGCUGGUGCUGGUGACCCCUCUGCACAGCCCCCCGACCCGUCGGGUCCCCUCUUAACUGUGCUCGAAACCUCUGGCCUAGGUGUUAGCACUGAAGGUCUAGAGACCAAUCAGUGGUAUGGGGAGGGUAGUGGAGGGGGCGUUUUAUAAGCUUGUGGACUGAGUCAUGAUUACCUGUGUUCUUAGUGGAGAGGAAAUGCCAGAAAAAAGCCCACGAGCCCCUCCAGCUCCCACAGAAAUUAACAUUUGGCACACCAAGGAAUUUGGGGUUCUCCACACUCAACUAGAGGCAUUUUUGGUGUUUUGGAACUUCAAGAUAGUACAAGAAUACUACCUUUUGAAAUCCAAGAGAUCUGUAAAGUCUAGCACCCUCAUCUUUUUAGAGAUUCCACCAACUUAGGAAUUGUAUGUGUUGCAGCAUGGUUGAGAAGACUUGCCCUUGGGUUAUCUUACGGUAUAGUAGAGUGAGAGUCUCAGGUAGACACAGGGAUGUGAGAACAGCCCCCACAAUUGAAGCCCAUGAGAGUGUUCAAAGCCUUUUAUUCCUUGCUGGUGUGGUGACUGUUGAAAGAAUGUGCUUUGUCUGCUGUUCAUGUUGCUACAUUCUAGAAAACAGCUCAGCCCUGUUCCCACCUGCGUAGUCACAUUCCCCUCAGGUGACUCACACUGCCUUCUAGGUUUCCUAGAUGGAAUCUGCACACACACUGAUAUUGAGUGGAAAGAAAUCUGACUUUAAUAGUUCAUUUAGGGGGACAGUUCUUAGCUUCUGCUGGCUUGAUUGUGGCGCAAUCAGACUCGUGUACCAGCUUUGAAUCUGCCAGAAAGUUUUGGCACGAUCUUGGUCACAACAGAAUUCUCAGUUCAACUUUAAAGGCUUGAGAUCCCAGAGAAAUGGCUGCCAUAGUAGUGACCUGAGGUCUGUGCCUAAAUCAUGCUUCUGGAGUCAUUUGUGUCAAAAUAUCACAUUUCUAGUCCAGUAAGUUUGGUGUGCAUUCCUGGUUUCUGAUUGUCUUUCACAGUCAUCAGCAACAAAGAUCACAAUUAUUUCCAGAAGCAGUGAGGUGUUUCAGAAAGGAGCUCUGGGCUUUUGUGUCCUCCGCAUUGUGACCCUGGUGUUGUAAUGUGGCACUCUUGAGCCAUCGGAGGUGUCUGUACCUCACCUACCCUCGCCCGUGACAGUGGGCACAGAGGCACCACUGAGGGCUAAGCAUGUGGAGACGCAGAUAACCUGUAUUGCCUGUUGUGCUCUCAGGGACUAGGCUACUGUGUAUUCUUUUCCAGGGGUCAAUCAAUCAUCUGGGAGCAUUGGGGCCUCCUGUUCCUAAGUGUCUUUGCAGCUGGGUGAAAGUCCUUUUCCCUUUAUGGCUCUCAAAUUUUCAUUUGUAAAACGAGGUUAAAGACCCUAGGGUCAAAAGACCCUAGAGAUUUU